CUAAAAAAGACGUUAAAUUCAAAUUGGAUUUGGUAAUAGGAGGAGUACCACCACCUACCUUUACGAAGAUUAGUGUCUUAAAUCCUGGAGGAAAAGGCAAAAAGUUUGCUGAUUUCAAAUAUAAAAACAACCCAUCAUUCCCCGCACUAAUCCUGCAUGAAUUCAUGUUUCCUUUCUCCUCACUCCAUCGACUCAUCCUUUCACAUUUUGAAACAGAGAAAGAGAGAUUUUGCAGCAGCUGACAAAUUGGGAGAUCUUUUUUUUGGCAAAGAAAGUGGUUUAAAGGCUUCUUCUUGCAGAACUUCUGAGUUACCCAUUUUGCAGAAACCCCCUUUUUUUCGGUGGAAGAGAUGGGUGUGGUUACUGUUCCUGAGUCUAAGCAAAGUGCUUCUGGGAAAAGAGCAUUUCGUCCCAGUUCCGGUAUCAGACACAGUCCUCAAUGGUAAAUGUCUUGUCUUUUCGUUUCCCUGUCCUGUCUCUUGUUCUCCUUCUCGGACAUUUUGCUCUCCCUUCAGAACUCGAACCCAGAAAAAAAAAAAAGCUAAUAAAUUUCGGAUUUUACCUGAAAAGGGUUCUCAAAAGAUCACAACUUUCAAGUCUCUGGAGAAGAUUUUCCUGGGAAAUCUGGUGCUGAAUUUUCCCGCUAAUUUGCGUUUUUUUCCCAGGCCGGUGUCGGAUGUUAUCAGCGACUUAAUCAUCGAAGUCGGGUCUUCCAGCUUUUCCCUCCACAAGUUUCCUCUGGUUUCGCGGAGCGGAAGAAUCAGGAAACUUCUUCUGGAAACAAAAGACAGCAAGAACGCUCAGCGGCUGAGCCUGCCGUCUCUCCCCGGUGGCUCGGAGGCGUUCGAGCUCGCCGCCAAGUUCUGCUAUGGCGUCACCGUAGAUUUCACCUCCUCCAAUAUCGCAGCGGUCCGAUGCGCGGCUCAUUACUUGGACAUGACGGAAGAGGUUUCGGAGAAGAACCUGGAAGCCAGAGCGGAGGCCUUCCUGAGAGAUUCGAUUUUCACAGAUAUCUCCAAAUCGAUCACUGUUCUUCACUCAUGCGAGAGGCUUUUUCCCGUCGCCGAGGAUAUCACCCUUGUCGGCCGUCUCAUAAACGCGAUCGCCGUCAACGCUUGCAAAGAGCAGCUCGCGUCUGGCCUGCUGAAGCUCGACCAGAAGUUCGCGAGUGUCGGGAGAUUAGCAGAGGCCGAGAGAUCCUCUGAUUGGUGGGGAAGGUCUCUCCCCAUUCUCAAGCUCGAUUUCUUCCAGCGAGUUCUCUCCGCCAUGAAAUCGAAAGGUCUGAAUCAGGACAUAAUCAGCGAAAUCCUCAUGAGUUACGCCCGAAACUCCCUGCAGAUCAUCAGAGACCCGAAUCUCGUGAAGGUGGGAAGCGCGAUUAUAGAUUCAGAUCAGCAGAAGAAACAACGAACCGUCCUCGAAUCGAUCGUGGGUCUGCUACCGACGCAGGCGAACAAGAGCUCGAUCCCGAUCUCGUUCCUCUCGAGCCUCUUGAAGACAGCGAUCGGAUCGAGCGCGUCGGUCUCCUGCAGAUCGGAUCUGGAGAGACGAAUCAGCCACCAGCUCGACCAGGCGAUUCUCGAGGACAUCCUGAUUCCGGCGAGCGGGUCACACGGGCACGGAGCCAUGUACGACACGGACUCGGUGCAGAGGAUCUUCUCCAUGUUCCUGAACCUGGACGAGUGCGACUACGGUGACGACGACGGGGAUUUGGUGGACGAGAGCGAGUUGGGUCUGUACGAUUUCGAAGGAGCAGAGUCGCCGAAACAGAGCUCGAUCCUGAAGGUGUCGAAGCUGAUGGACAGUUUCUUGGCGGAGGUUGCUUUGGAUUCGAACCUUCCGCCGGCGAAGUUCAUAGCUCUCGCCGAGCUUCUCCCCGACCAUGCCCGCCUCGUCUGCGACGCCCUCUACCGGGCCGUCGACAUUUUCCUCAAGGUUCAUCCUAAUAUGAAAGACUCGGAGCGUUACCGUCUCUGCAAGACGAUAAACUGUCAGAAACUAUCGCAAGACGCGAGCAGCCACGCCGCUCAGAACGAGAGGCUUCCCGUCCAGAUCGCAGUCCAAGUACUCUUCUACGAGCAAACUCGGCUCAAGAACGCCAUGAGCAGUAGCGGCAGGGGGAGCAUCGCUGGUCAAAGCCAGUUCUUCUUCUUCCAGGGCCAGUUCCCCCACCGCUCGGCCAGCGGAGCCGCCAGCGGUGCCAUCUCUCCUCGGGAUAACUACGCAUCGGUGAGGAGAGAGAACAGGGACCUGAGGCUGGAGGUGGCGAGGAUGAGGAUGAGACUGACCGAGCUCGAGAAGGAUCACGUUUCCAUGAAGAGAGAGUUUGUGAAGCCGAGCGGCGGCGGCCGUGGGAGGAACAGGCUGUUCAGGACGCUGACGAGAGGACUGAGCAAGUUGAACGCCAUCGUUUUCAGGUUGAGAAGCAGCGAAAGCGUCGCCAAUGGGAAGCACCAUACGGAGGAGAAGACUAAUUCAGAGAGAAGGUUCAUGUUUCAGAAGAAGAGAUGUCAUUCCGUUUCUUGAGUUUGACACACAAAAUGCUUCUUUCUGUGUAAUUCUUGCCUCUUGCGUGUGAAUAAAUUGUAAUAUUUGAGUGUGCGUUUUGUACAACCUUGGUUAGUUUUUGGCCCACCACAGUCUUGUAAAUAGUUUCCACUCCAUUCUACAUGUACUCUUUCGUGGUCUAAGUUCAAACCUGUUAAUUCUCUCCCGUUUCUGUCUC